AUGAUCAGUGAAACCGACGCCCUAGCUGCCCACCGGGCCAUCCAUGAGGGCAAGAAGGAGGUGAAGCUGGAAGAUGGCACGAAGCUGGAAGUCGCCAAGUCCAAGAACGGAUGCCGGGCUGUGAAGUUCCCGAAAUUUCAGGCGAUGGAGCAGAAUAAGGACAAAGCCUCGGCCUGGGCGACCAAGGCCAAGAAGGGCGUCAAGAUCACUUGGUUUCUCUCGGGCACCUCGCCAUCCACCUGGGGCCGUGUGGUGGACGGCGCCGUGGAGGCCCGCGGCAAGGCCAUUGAGGCGACGUCGGCGGCGGCGUCUUCGGCCGCGCCCAAGGCAGAGGCAAAAGCAGGAGCAAAGGCAAGGGCAAAGGCAAAAGCUGAAGCCAAGGCGGAGGCCAAAGCAAAAGCCCGAGCCAAGGCAGAAGCCAAGGCGGAAGCCAAGGGAAAGGCAAGGGCAAAGCCCGAAGCAAAGGCCAAGUCUGCGGCCGCCAAAAAGCGGCCGGCGCCAGAGUCGGAGGCAGGGCCUGAGGCCAAGAAAGCCAAGGUGGAGACGUGCGCGCCAGCCGCAGAGCCCAUGGAGACGACGGAGGAUCCGCUGGUUCUCGCGCCGCUCUUUGAGGGCAUGGGCCACGGCGCGGUGUGGCGCCGGAUCUUGGCGCCGGUGCUCGAGGCACAGUCCACCGCCCCGAACUUCAUCGGGCCCUCCAGGGACAAGCGGAUCAUCCCCAUCCGGGAGCUCACCUUCCAGGCCUUGAAGCCGAAUCCCCCGGCCCAGUGGCGCGUGGUCUCCUUCGGCCAGUCCCCGUAUCCGCGAAUAGAGAGCGCCACCGGGAUUGCGCACUUCGACGACAACGCCCUGAAGUCUUGGGAUUCCUCGAGCUUCGGCUCCGUGACCACCAUGCGCUGCAUCAUGAAGGCAGCCUUGAUGAGCAAGUUCAAGAUCCCCAAGACCACCAAGGUGCCGGAACUACGGAAGCUCCUGCACAGCAACGGUGUGGUGGGUCCAGCGGAAUGGUUCCAGGCGAUCUUGAGCCAGGGGGUGCUUCUCAUGAACGCCGCCUGCACCCUUCGCCCCUCAGAAGGGCAGCGUGCCGGGGAGGUCGUCCAGGAGCACCUCAUAUUUUGGCAGCCGGUGAUUCAGGCGGUGGCCUCCGCCAUCCUGGAGGAGUGCCAAAAGAGCAAGCGCUCCAUCAUCUUCGCAUGGUGGGGCGCUGAGAGUCUCAAGACUAAACGGGUCUUGGACAAGACCGUCUUCGCCAAGUUUCCCGACGUGAAGGUUCGGCAUAUUGAGCACAAGAACCCUGCGGCGAUGUACGAUUCAUUCUGCGAUCCACCGAACAUCUUCGACUGCAUCAACAAGGCCAUCAAGGAGUUGAAGCUGGGGGAGCCUAUCGAUUGGGCACCCAUCGAUGGCUGGAAGACGACUUUGGGGCUGGACACCGCGGAGGAGAUGGGCGCCUUCCUGGCGGAGACUCAGGAGCUGCACAAGGCUUCGCUGACCCUGAUCUGGGGGAAGUUGGCGAAGGGCUAG